AUGCGUGCUCCGGAGCCCGUGAGGAUCCUUAGCUGCGCCGUGGAGAAAGACAGUAAACCCAGGAGGCAGGUGAACCAGCACAUCACAGAGAUAAUAUCCAAUGACACAAUUCUUUGGCUUCACACUAUUAUGGUUGGAAGUUUCCACUGUGCUACGUAUAUACCCAAUUUACAUUGUAGUGCCAUAGUACAUCAGUGCGGCUUCACUAUAUUUUUCAACUCCUGGUCAUCAAAUGUUCAUUUCACAGGUUAUUGCGGAGCAUCCGUCCGUUCUUCUAGCGCCUCUGUAACAGAAGUGACAGGUAAAGUCAAAGACUUUUUACGCGAUGUUACAACAGAAUUGUAUCUGUCGUGGUUAUCAGAAGACCCCAAUACUGAAGCACUGGCUGUUGAUGCAACUAUUAACAAAAAAACCAAAAGCUGGGUGCGCAACGCCACGGCGUCGUCGGUGGAGGGUCGCGGGGGUGCGGGUGGGGCGGCAGAGCCCGCGCCCUCGCCCGCGCCCGACGCGGAGGCGCCCGUGCGCCGCCGCCGCCACCGUCCGCUCUAUCGCCGACUCUUCCACUAUGUGCGCACCGCGUGGACCGGCGUCAAGUUUGCUCUAGGUCUCACAGAGCAGUCCGAAAAUUCGGAACUCGAGGAGUUGGGUGAACAACUCCCUCGGUACCGGCCGGACUCAAUCGCGGCGCUCCGUCGUGCCACGCGGUUCACAGAACCCGAGCUGAAGAGGCUAUACCGGGGCUUCAAAGCAGAGUGUCCCACUGGCGUGGUCAAAGAAGACACCUUCAAAAUUAUAUACUCACAGUUCUUCCCACAAGGAGCAAAUACCGCCCAAUAUGCACAUUACGUUUUCAACACGUUGGACCAAGAUAGAAGUGGCCUGUUAAGUUUUGAGGAAUUUGUAACCGGCUUAUCGAUCCUUUCGAGAGGAACAUUAGAAGAGAAACUUCGGUGGACUUUCUCCCUGUACGACAUAAACGGGGACGGCUGCAUCACGAAAGAGGAAAUGACGGAAAUAGUGGGCGCUAUAUAUGACCUCAUGGGCAAGAUCGUGGAACCGAUGGUCGACGAUGAAGUUGUACGCGACAAAGUUGAGAGGCUAUUUCAGAAAAUGGACUUAAAUCGAGAUGGUGUCCUAACGCUGGACGAGUUCCUUGAUUGCUGUUUACGAGACGAAGAGAUCUCCAGAUCCAUGGGUGUUUUCGACAGCAACUUCUGACGUCCUGCGGACGGUGCGCGCCCUGUGUCACGUCGCGCUCCGUAACAAUUGAAGUUGCCACAAUAUAAUAACACCACAGAAAACCUUGGAAGAAAUUACGAGAGACGAAUAUUCGUUAUACUUUUGAGGUCCUUUUCAUAAUAUUCAAUGGAGAUUCGGGUGCAAUAUGUAUUAUAAAUUAAAAACAUUAACCAGUGUUACCAUAUUGGUGCCAUUGAUAAAAUGUUUUGAACUGUUUGUCUUUUUUAUAAAAUAAAUUAGCGCUUCAUACUAUUACUUGGUUGAAAAUCAGACCAAUGUAUGUAUGUGAGUAUGUAAAAUCUGUUUAUUUGCUUAGUGUUGCAUUAUUGUCAGAUUUCAUAUGACUGUGUCGAUUAGUUAGUGUAAGUAAUAUUAUUUAACACGAAUUAGUCUCAUGGAAUGUAUAUUGAACAGUAGAAUUUGUAGAUAGGUAUGAAAUUUACGUAAAUUGCCUUAUCAAUAGGGCUCUAUGCGCGUAGUAACUUGCCACAUCCACUAGCAUCAACUAGCUUUUUGCUUCAGUAAAAUCUAGUUCUUACUCUAUCAUUAGCUAAUCGUAUGGUUCUGUAUGAAAUUGUAUAGUCGAAUCAUGUAAUUUCACAAUUUAAAAUUUUACGAUAAAAAUAUCUAGUUUGCUGGUAAACUGAUGUAAACUAUUUAUAUUAUUCUUUUUCUCUCAGAGAAGAAAAAGAAACACUAUUAAGAACGAACUCAUAGAUAAUGGUUUUUAGUAGUAUUUCUUUUUUCAUUAUAUCAUUUCGAAGUUAUUUAUAGUCAUAAUAAAAAAUAACCUUACGAGGUUAUUUUUUAUUAUGAUACAAUACGUUGUUACAUCUAUUAAAAUCAUCCAUACUUAGGACCCUACUUACUGUAAACUUCAAAAAGUAGAAACCUUUAAUUCGGCCUUUGGUCGGAAACUUUUAAAUAAACUGACACUAUAAAAUUCUUGAUAUUACUAUUAAUAUUAUUUCUUCAAAGUAAUAGAUAAAUACUUACAUAGAUAUAAUUUUUUAAGAUUUAGUUUUAAACUGUUAGUGAGUACAUCUAUGACGUCUUCUACUAAGUACUUACCUAUAGGUAUGUAUGUAUAAUUUUGAUCAUCUAUAUCAAUCACAACUGUUUAUUUUCCUUCAAUUUCAAAUACAUUAUCAAUUCAAAACUUCCCAACUCUUCAUUUUCAAAUCGUUCCGGCCAUUUUUUAUAGAAUAUUUAGAAUAAUAAUUUAUUUAAGGCGGUAAUACCAAUUAGACGUUUGUAUUUAUAAGUUAUUAAUAUAACAAUAUAUUUCAAUAUUUGAAUUGGAGUAGCUAGGAAUUUUCCCUAGAGAGGAAUGGGGGUAUGCCACCACUUAAAGAUUUGAAUAUUUGACAAAUUCUCUUUAAAACAAAAUUGACAAGCCGCCCGUUUCUUAGCUACGCCCACAAGUAUCUACAUAUACAUACAAAUAAACAAUAGGUACACAUCAUGGUCUUCAACAGACUACAAAAGGCCUAAAUGUUCUGAUCAGGCAUACCAUCGACUAUAUCCGUCAUACAUUGAAACACUGCCAUACUCGAAUAAAGAAAUUAAACAUGGCGCCACCUCUCUACCUAUUCGCACUUUACAGCUUUAGGUAUAUAUUAUCAUGUCAUUACGGAUGGAUACACAAUAAAUUGCAUUAUCUUUCAAAUUUGUUUUUGAAUAUAGUCGUAAAAUAAAUAAUCUCUGUCAAUGAUAAGACAGAUAAGGCGCCAUUUUGAAUCUUACCCUUAUAGCUCGGGUUGUACCUUUAAAGACACUCCUUAAUUUUAUUUUUGUCGUGUUGACAAUAAUUUUAAAAUAAUAAAACAUCUAUAAACAUUUGAAAUAUUGAUAUUUUUGUAAUGAAAAAAAUUGUCUAAUCCUUAUUAACUCACCGACCGACUCAACACCAGAUUAAGUUCAUUAUUCAAAUAAAAAUAUAUCUUAAGACAUUAUCAUAGCUAUGUAAAUAUAAUUGUAAAUAGGUGACAAUAUAGAAUUAAAUGUGUAUAUUUUCAUAGUAAAUGUUAAAUGGAACCAAAUAACUAGAUACUAGAUGACAAAAUGAAUCUACAAAAAAUCAAAUGGUGUGUUGAUUAUCACUUAUUAUAAAAUACAUUUUGAUGAAUUAAAUGUGAUUAAAAGAGGUGAUGACAUAAAAUAAAUAAAUAAAUGACAUAAAAUAAAGAACUAGUUUCAAAAGUUCUCUAUAAUGUAAGUAGACAAUUUCCAAAAUUAUCUUACCGAGGCAAGAAAAUGUUAGAUCUAAAUAUUUACUAUUUAAAUUAAAUGACCUUACGAAUUUUAUUCAUCCAGAAAUAUUUUGUUGUAUUUUAAGCAUCAUUAUUGGUCGAGCUUACAUAGAUAAGAAAUUUAUGUGUCUUCCUAAACAUAUAAUUCUAAUUAUGUUAUUGAUUCCAUAUUCAAAGGUAAUAACAAAUAGCUAUUUUAAUAUUGUGCCGUUAGUUUAUUAAGAAUCAGUAAUCAAUGGAUGAAAAUUGAUCGAACCUAUGUUAUGUUGAUAAAUAUGUAUCUUAAUUAAGUAGAUAUCGUUAUUAUAGUGGUAAUUUUAAUCUAAACGUACACCUAAUUUGGAAUAGUUAUGAAAGUGAUACACAAUCAGUUCUCUUUCAUGGGAAAAAGAAAGACGAAGGCAGGCGAUUUCCGUCUAGUUACAUUUAAGCGUGAGAUAUCACAAGAACUAGAAAACUGGCAUCUAUCUCAUUUGUAUUUAAUGUAAACUGUUUUUACACCGGAAAAUAAAUAAUUUUGAGGCUGAUGUAUUUAGAAAUGGAUUCGUUUACAGUUGAUCACUGACUGCACUUUCUACUUCAAAUCUAUAUUAAUUAGCAUAAAUCAUAAAAAUUACGUUGAAAGUGUACGUAGAUACUUCAAGAAUUGAAGAUAUUAAUUUAGUUCAAUUUUGUAAUAUCAUAACGUAUCCAAGAUUAACGGCGUAUGCAGAUGGCACAGUCAUAGAUUCAAGAUAGAUAAGUACCUAAGUCACAAUCAUAAAGCUUAAUUACAAAAAGUCGUCGAAUCAUAGAUUAAAAUUACCACUCAGAUCUAACUUUUCCUCUAUUUACAUACCUACCAUAGAUAGUAAUGAAAUAAGUCUUAUGAUGGAAGUGUAGUAAAAAAUGUUAGACAGAUUGAUAUAUACGGAUCGUUUUAGUAAUGCGAAAUAAUUUAUAUGUACCUAUAUAAUGUUUGGAUUAUAUAUGUUUAAUUUUAUUGCUUUCAAGCAACAUAAUAUUAUAUAAAAUGUUUAACAAAGGAAUUAAUAUAUAUAAUAGGAAAUUUUAUUAUGUAAUAACUAAAAUUGUCCACAACAUAUGUAUCAAACUGCGCAGACAGAGCGGUUACAUGAAAGAUUCAACCUAAAAAAAAUUAUAUUAUGUAUGCAAGAUAUAUGUAUGUAUACUAUGCAUGUUGAGAACUAAUAAAGAGCUAUCUUAGUGCCAAACAUAAUUCCAUAUAAACAAGUGUACUUUUGCUGUUUUAUUUUUUAUUAAAAAAUUAUUGGCAGUUUGUAAAUGUUCCAUCGAUGUGUGCCCUUUUUACCUAAUUGCGCAAUGCAAAGGAUACUGUGUUUACGGUAAUUUGUUCAGCAUUAUAAUAGGCCUAUUAGAUUACGGGAUACCGAUUUGGUCGUAAGAUCCACGUUAUAUUUAGUCUAAAAUCUACAGGUACUUGGUGUUAGUAGUGUAGACCUACGCUGUUUUGUCCUAUAGGACGUAAAUGUUACAUUGCAUGCGAUUUCAUAUAAUAAUUCAGUUCGUUUUCUGCUAAAUAUUUUUCGCACUGGAAACAGUAUCAGUCUCUAAAUUUGUUCAGAUAAUGAAUAACAUAUCAAUCAUUUCACACCUUCAUAUUAAAUGUCACAUUUUACACGUUUUGUUACAAUUUAAUGUUUUGAAACAUCACGUACUGCGUAUCAUUUUAAAAUUGGUGUAUACUGUAUAAAUUAUUGCAUUAAGACUAAUGUUCCCGGUUAGCAAUCAAUAAUUAUUAUGUCUGGCUACCUGAUUUUGGUACAUGCACCAUGUGCUUAGGAAUAUACCAAGACCGUUAAUACCUAUUUGUUUCAUUAACGAAAUCUGUAGAUAUUUAAAUAUUAAAAAUGUUUAUUUACAAAUCGUAUGUGUAUUUUAUAGAAAAAUAAAUAAACGAAAUGA